AUGAAUUAUGUCCAUAAUGAACUACCUAAUUGGCAACUCAAAGAAUUACCACCAAUUAAAAAGUUUCCUAUAAUGCAAACAGAUCGAACUUUAAAGAAAGGGGAAAUUCCAAAAUAUGUACUUGAUCAUAAUCCAUUAGUUCAUUUAUACACUGAGGAAGAAUACCUACCUUAUGAUAUUGAAGAUUAUGUCAAACAUUUCCAUCUACAAUUCAGAAACCAAUCAAUUAUACAAAAUUCAAGUUUAUCAUUACAAGAGUUAGGUGAAUAUUCUCAUAACUCUUCAAUCGAUACUAGUGAAACUUUCCUAACUUGUGAUUUUGAAUUCAAAGACGACCCUGAAUGGCUGACUGGUAAAAGAAACAAACCAAAUCUGUCAACUGGAUUAAUCAAAGAUGCACCAUCUGUGUUGAUUGUUGUGGACAAAGGUAAUGGAUGGGUUGAUGCAUAUUGGUUUUAUUUUUAUUCAUUCAAUUUAGGUCCAUUUGUAAUGGGUGGAGGUCCUUAUGGUAAUCAUAUCGGUGAUUGGGAACAUUCAUUAACAAGAUUUUUUCACGGUGUGCCAAUUUUUGUAUGGAUGUCAGCUCAUGGCGGUGGCGGUGGAUAUCAUUAUAAAGCAUUAGAAAAAUCGGAUGUUGAUUCAAGAAAACCAAUAAUUUUCAGUGCAAGAGGUACUCAUGCUAAUUAUGCUUCUGUGGGACAACAUUCACAUGAUUUACCAUUUGGUAUGCUUUCAGAUUUUACAGAUAGAGGUCCAUUAUGGGAUCCUUCUAAAAAUUAUCUUGGUUAUACAUGGGAUGGAUCUAAUCUAACACCAGUUAAUAAAGAAAGUAAACCUGAUAAUCAACGUGAAUUGGAAUAUGGUGAUUGGUUAUUAUAUAAAGGACACUGGGGUGAUGAUAAACUAGAUCCAAAAGAUCCAAGACAACGUUGGUCACCAUUUGAAUGGAAAUACAUUGAAGGUCCAACUGGUCCUUUAACAAAACAUUUGAAUAGAGUUAAAUUAUGUCAAAGAUCUAAAUGGUGGAAUUUUUGGCAUGGUUGUCCUCCAAAGAAUUUUAUUAAAGUUGGUGAAGGUGUUGAAAAAGAAGCUGGUGUGGUUUGUGCUAACCUAUUUGGUUGGGUAAGACCUGCUUUAUUACGUGAUUUUUUAGAGAAUUUGACAUGGGGUGGUGGUUUAUGCUACAUAAUGAAUUGGAGAUGGGGUUGA